GACCUCAUGAUGGUGUGCAUGUCGCGCGUGUGGCAGCGGGGUUCCGCGUUUGCCGCGCGGCUGGGAAAGAAGGACUGGGUGUGCACCUUGGCGGGCCUUUCAUUUAGACACUAUAGCACCAAGACGGCACCUCAGAUACCAGGCAUGGAGUACCAGGAUGCCAUUUGCACUCUGAACACACUACAGACCAAUGCCAGUGCUCUGGAACAGGUACGACAAGAGCGGAGCCACCCUCAGCUGCAGCUCCAGGCCAUGAGGGGCUUCCUGGAACGAGCCAAUCUCACAGUGGAGGAUCUGGACCAUCUCAAUAUCAUUCAUGUGACGGGAACAAAGGGCAAGGGCUCAACAUGUGCUUUCACUGAGCAAAUUUUGAGAGGUUAUGGCUUCCGCACAGGAUUUUACAGUUCCCCACAUUUGGUCCAAGUCAGGGAGAGGAUUCGGAUCAACGGACAGCCUAUUGGGAAAGAGCUCUUCACUAAAUACUUUUGGCAGGUUUACGGACGGCUAGAUGAAACUAAGGAUGCCCAUGGAGGGACGAUGCCAGCAUACUUCCGUUUCCUCACCAUCUUGGCCUUCCAUGUGUUUCUUCAGGAGAAGGUGGAUUUAGCUGUAAUCGAAGUUGGGAUUGGUGGAGCAUACGACUGCACCAAUAUUAUAAGGAGACCGUGGGUUUGUGGUAUCUCCUCUCUGGGUAUAGACCACACUCAGAUUCUUGGCGACACCAUUGAAAAGAUUGCCUGGCAAAAAGGAGGCAUCUUCAAGCCAGGGGUUGAUGCCUUCACAGUCAAACAGCCAGAAGAUGCGAUGGCUGUGCUCAGGGACAGGGCCAAAGAGAUGAGAUGUCCUCUGUGGGUGUGUCCAGAGCUGGAGGACUACCAGGCAGACUGUGGACCUUUUCAUCUGGGCCUGGCAGGGAAGCACCAGCGCUCCAAUGCCUCCCUGGCCCUGCAGCUGAGUCACACUUGGCUGCAGAAAAGAUGGUUACCAGAUAAAAGCUUUUCCACACCCAGUGUUGAGAACACAGGUGUACUUCAGGUGAAUUCCUUCAAGCCCAGCCCCAUCAUGGUCAAAGGGCUGGCAGACACAGAGUGGCCGGGAAGGAAUCAGACUCUGAAACACGGAACAGUCACCUACUUCUUGGAUGGAGCUCACACCAUGCGCAGUAUGCAUGCCUGUGUAGACUGGUUCAGAGAGACUGCAGCCCAGCAUGAAAGGAAUGCAAGUGGACCUGUGGCCAGAGUUUUGCUGUUCAAUGCCACAGGAGACAGAGACUCAGCAGCCAUGCUCAAACUACUGGUGCCAUGUCAGUUUGAUUUUGCUGUGUUCUGCCCAAACAUCACUGAAGCCAUGUCUUCUUGUAAUGCAGACCAGCAGAACUUCAACGUCUCAGUGGAGAACAUGUUGACUCGCUGCUUGGAUAACGAAAGGAGCUGGCGUCUCCACAACAGCCUGGGGGAUAACAAAGGUACACAGCUGCUCAUCGAGGACAGCCUGCCCCUGGCUCCUGGAAAGAGAGCGGACACCCUGGUCUUCCCUUGCAUCCUCAGCGCCCUCCAGUGGAUCACUCAGGGCAGGGAUUCAGUCGUGGCAGACCCAGCCAAGACGGUCUUUCCAGUUAAACCCAGCAUCAUGGCCAAAGCUGCUCCGCUCUGCGACGCAGCCGAGAUCCACGUCCUCAUCACCGGAAGCCUCCACCUGGUGGGAGGAGUGCUCAAACACCUUGACCCAGCUUCCUCCAAUUAAAUGGACCAUGUGAAACUUAAAUGAUUUAAUUUAAAUACAGUUUAAAUAAUGUAUGGGUGCUCUGCUUAUGUCCAGUGACUCUAAGUCAUCCAGGACAUGGUUGCUUUUAUACACAUUUACCUUUGUAUAAAUGUGUAAAACAGUUUCUGUCUACAGAUGAGGCUUUUGUGAAACUAGCUUUUUUGGACAAUAACUUCAGGUGUUUACCUGAAUGGGAUUCGCUGCACACAGGUAUUGCUGUUGUCUUGGUAGCUUCCCUACAGUGGCUGAUGCUGUGAGCCCACUAGUUUGGACCAAGGCAGCUAAGGUCUCACAGCAGCCUCAACUUCACCCAGAGCCUUACAGACGACCACACAAACAUGUGGAGCUCAUGUCUUUAGUCUUAACUUGAAGCCAAAUAUGUUUACAUGAACUGCAGAUGCUACAUUCAUUUACACAGCAAUGUGUUAUAUUACCUUUAUACAAAAACUGCAGAUUAACAGGCACCAACAAGUGCAACAUGGACUACAUGGAGUUCUACAUUUUCUGUUUUUUUUUUACUUCUGUAUUUGGAACGCCUGACUAUUACCUUUCACAGUCAUUUUAAAAUGAAAGUCAUUUUGCACGGUUUCUUCUUUUAUUUUGUCAGGAUUUGUGUCUUUGCUUCAUACACAAGGCCUACUCAUCUUUGAUGUAGAUGUCUAAAUACUCUAACGCUAGUGUUUGCAUCAGAUAAAUUCAUGUAACUGUCAGUCAAAUUCUGUGGUCAGUUUUACACUGGAAUUGUGAUAAUAUUUAAAUGGUCCUUAAUUUAAAUUUGUAUUAUCUGACCGCAAUACAUAAAGUUAUUUUAUGUCUGUAUAAUGGUAAAGGAUAUUGAAAAUAUGCUUAUCAUGUUGUCAUGGUGAUCCAUCCAUUAAAGCUAACAGAGGUCACAGCGUCACAGUUGGUACACCCACAUUCAUUCACCCUGAAGCUUCAAGUGAGUUACCACUGACCCCACUCAAAAGUUCCCCCGAACCCAACAAAAUGCACCUAAAUGGAACUUGUCACUUGUAAGUAGUGAAGAUGAAAUCUGCUCACAUUUUAAUUGAGUCAGUUUAAGAAUAUCGAUAUGGAAAUCGUGUCCACCAUAGUUUUGAAUAUUUCUUGGUCUCUGUGACCCUAAAACUGAAUAGAAUGUCUUUCAUGAGUAUAGACACAAUCCUUGUUUAUUCAUUGUAAUUGACAAUAAAAAUGUAACCUAU